UCUAAAGGGAACAGCCCAGUGCUGUGCACAGUCAGCACUGAACACCAUCAAGUCAGCAGCAGAGGAAGGUCUGUGUUGCAGAAAUCUCUGUUCUUUAAUUACUGCAAAAUGGAUUAUUCAGAUUACAUUCCAGAUUAUUCAGACUAUAACUACACUAAUGAAGACAAUUUCACUCCCCAUGAGGAGCCAGUUUUCCAUCACAAAUCGAAUUGUUUAGAGGAAGCUAUCUGCUUGUCAUUGCUGGUCACCAGCGUGGUCAUUUUUCUGCUGGGCUUUUGUGGAAAUGGACUCGUCAUCUGGAUCUGUGGCUUCAAGAUGAAGAAGACGGUCAACACCACCUGGUACCUGAGCCUUGCGAUCUCUGACUUUGUCUUCUGCUCCAUCCUCCCGUUCAACAUCACCUACACAGUAAUGGAAGAGUGGAUCUUUGGCCGCUUCAUGUGUAAGUUUACCUCCAUCAUUAUGUUCCUCAACAUGUUCAGCAGCAUCUUCCUCCUGGUUAUCAUCAGUGUCGACCGUUGUAUCUCAGUGAUGUUUCCAGUCUGGGCCCAGAACCAGCGCACCAUUAAAAAGGCAUCCAUUGUAGUUGCUGUGGCUUGGUUUCUUGCUAUGACUCUGAGCAUCCCAUCUAUGAUCUUUCGGGAUGUUGACAGUCACAUGGGAAAGACCAUUUGCUUCAACAAAUAUACAUUAAGCCAACACAGUCACAUGUUAGUUGCAGUGAUCCGUUUCCUUGUGGGGUUUAUUGGCCCUUUCAUCAUCAUCAUCAUCUGCUACUCUAUCAUCAUCCUCAAACUUUGCACCAACAGGAUGACCAAGUCCACCAAACCUUUCAAAGUGAUGACUGCACUUGUUGCUGCUUUCUUCAUGUGCUGGCUGCCCUACCACACGUUUAUCCUCCUUGAGCUAAAACACCAGGACUAUGACCACAGUUUGUUAAACACCGGAAUCAGAGUAGGCACUUGUUUGGCAGCAGCAAACAGCUUCCUCAACCCAGUUUUGUAUGUUUUCAUGGGUAAUGACUUCAAGCGGACAUUCAAGAGCUCUAUGUUGUCAAGGAUGGAGAACGCAAUGGUAGAGGAAGACCACACCAUCAGCCGAUUCCUGUCCAGGUCCAGCUCCAUGGACGGCCGAGGUUCUACACGCAUUUAGAGCUGUCAGACAUCACUCAGAACUGUUCCUCUCACUUCACUCAUUCAACAUCAACAAUGCUUUUAUUUUUUUGAAGGUGUAUGGAAUUAAUGGAGGAUAUAAAAUAUGCAUUUGUUUGUGAGCACACUUUCAUUAAUCAAAUUUGUACAUACUAACUCUGUAAGGGGGAUUUGCAAGAAAUUUUAAAAAGAGGAACAGAGUAAUCUUGGUUGUGAAUGUCAAAGGAAUGUGAAAUAUGAUGUGCCUUUUCUGGUGAUAAAUAUGUAAAGAAUGCAUUAGCAUCAAAAAGAAGAGCAAACCAAGCCAAAAACUGACUACUGAAAUUUUUUAUGAUUGACAGGAAACCACAACUGGGUGUUGUACGUGUGUUGGUGGAGUUCAUACCCCAGUUCACAACUGGUUUUAGUUAAUACACACCAUACUGCUCUGCAUACUACGGUAUAUACUAGCUUAGGCAGGAUUUUAUUAUGUGAGAUGUAUGUAGCUUUAUAACAACUCUAUAACAAUCAUAAAAUCCUCAAAAAGCUUGUUGACCUGUAUUUUUGCUACUUUGUUUAUAUAAGCUGUACAGUGAAUGUGGUCUGUGCAAUCAAUGUUUGAAUGUUUUUGUCUCCUGAGUUUCUGAAAUUAAGUUGUAACUAUUACAGUCAUCACUGAUGUAUUCUCUAAUGUCCUUACAUUAUUACGUUAUUUACAUUAUAAAGCUAGUUUCAUCAGUCACUUCUGUUUGUUAUUUGCCAGUAAUGGUUUUUGGAAAACUGUGGUAAAUGCACUGAGAACUUUAAUGUAAGUCAGAAUAGUCAGACUGGAGGAAUUAGAAUAUUUUAUCUGUAGUUAUUUGCAGUCACCAAGAAAAGACAUUUCAUAUACAGCAUCGGUUAUUUCACUGAUACCUCACUUGCAGUAAUCUAGUGCAAUGAUAUCAGGGGAAAAGAGUGACCGCUGCAUCAUAUGAUUUCAG